GCUGAGCGACAGACAGGUUCAACGUGCGCUGUCGUCACCGGACCAACUUUGGCCAAGUCGGCGGGACCCGGUGAGCCGCUGUGUUCCCCCCGAGGCGGCGUGACAAGUUGGGUAGAGGACUCGCAUCACUAUUUUUAAAUGGGUACAGUGAGAUGUUGGGGGCGUGGACGGCAGAGCGGCAGCAGCGCUGAGCAUGUUGGCUCUCGGCUGCGGCUCCAGUGUAGCGAUGUGCCGGCUGGAAGAACCGGACUGCGCGUAGCCUGAGCCUUGCGGUGGCCGACUCUGCGUCAUUUUAAAGCCGUCAUUUGGCCUCCUUCUGGAUUUAUGCAUUCAACGCCUUCGCGUGUUGCGCUGCAGAGGACUUUAAAGAAGGAGGAUAAGCUGUGAAAAGGUUGUUUAAAAAAAAAAAUUAAGACGCAGCAGCUGCCGUGCGUAUCGGACAAAAUCUGGUUGAAAAGCUAUUUGAAUAACAAUAGUUUAAGGAAACUGCUUUCUUGUUUGCCAAAGGAAGCCUACGCAUUGUGUCUGACGGCGCAUGGUAAGUCACUGAAAGGACAUUUGGGAUUUGAAAGCUGUUUCAAGUGGAACUAGAGUGAUCUCCAUGUGUCAAUAUUUACAGGUGUUCCAGUCCAACAGACUGUCAGGCUGAACCUUUAAUCCACGACUCUGCUGUGUCUAGCAACACCGCGGACAGAUAAGGGGGACUGGACUUAACACACCUUUGUUAUGGAGAAACCAAAACAUGUGUAGUGCCGACAUCUUUACUUCCUGAAUACUUAGAGAGCCCACACACGCCGCCAUUCACUACCGCACAAUGCGUCUGAAACCAUCACUUUAGUGUCUUCUUCCCUGCCGAGUUGUAGCCAAUCUGGCAACGGCCAAAAUGACAAGCAACGGACCUGUCAUCGUUUACGAGUGGCUGAAGACCCUCCAGCUCGCCCAGCACGUCGAGGCGUUUGUGGAUAAUGGAUAUGACGAUCUGGAGGUUUGCAAACAAAUCGGAGACCCCGACCUGGAUGCCAUCGGGGUCUACAUCCCUCACCACAGGCAAAGGAUCCACGAGGCGGUGAGGAGGCUGAAGGAUGAAGCCAACGAGACGGCCAGUGGACUCUAUUUCACCCUGGAGCCGAUGGCACCUGCAUCCGAGAUUUAUACCAGUCACAUGGUGGACCAGUACGAGUCCAGACUGCGGGGAUCCAAGUCCUGGACUGAGCCCAACAGUGACCGGAUUGGGCGCAACGGCGGCUACAUGAGCGCGCAGAGGAACCUGACGCUGGGCAACAGGAGGGAGCUGGUGAUUUACCCCAAGCUGAAGCUGAAGAUCAUGAUCAGGGAUAAGCUCAUCAGAGACAGAAUCAACCUCGCCAAGCCGCCCUACUCUAAUAAGGAUGGUUCUCUGGGCAACAUAGAUGACCUUUCCCAAGAGUACUCUGAGUACUACAACACCUGCUUCAGUGACAUCAAUGACCGCAUGGAGGAGCUACGCAAAAGACGAGUCUCCCAAGAGCUUGACAUGGAGAAACAAGACCCAAGCAGCACGUCCCUGCAGCUCCGUUCUGAGAUCCAGGAAUCCUUAGGCUUCAGCAGUGAGGUGUCCACUCCCGAAACGGACAGAAAAAUGUCCCUGCACAAAUCUAGCUCUGAAGAAGGAUCUGGAGGUAAAUGGGACAACAAGAAGAAAAACAAAUCUUUUUGGCAGAACUUCCGCAAGUCUCAGCACAAACCAGUCAUGAGACAGACGUCCAAAGGAGAAGACAUAGGCUUCGUGGCCAGUGAGAUCACCAUGAGCGAUGAAGAGCGAAUCCAACUCAUGAUGAUGGUGAAAGAGAAGAUGAUCACUGUUGAAGAAGCUCUUGCACGGCUGAAGGAGUAUGAGAGCAGCAGACAGUCCAGCAGUACUGACACUGCAGAGUGGACUGACGGCUCUGCAUCCAAUCUAAACCAGUCCUCAAACUGCAACUCUCGUGAACAGUCAGACGACGAGCAGUCGGAGGACUCUGUGAAGUUCAAACGGCUUCACAAGCUGGUUAACUCGACACGCCGGGUCAGGAAAAAACUCAUCAAGGUGGAGGAGGGCAAGAAACAUGGCUCUGAAGAUUUUUUGAAUCUGGGGGCACCUUCCAUCUGUGAGGACAAGGCAGCUCUGUAUACAGGGGUCCUAAAGAGGCCCCCUUUGCCCCAGGACAUCCCCCUGCCAUCCCUCACCCAGGAUCAGCUCUCUCUGGAUGGAGACACGGACAGUCUGACCAACUCCCCAUCCUCCAGCAGCCUGGACACAAGCUGGUCUGGACACAAGCUGGUCAAAACCUUCAAUAAAUCAUCCAGCACCCACGGCCUCGUCCGCCCCCCCAGGAGAACCCCAGUUAGCUCUGGGGUCCUGGGCGUCUCCAAUUCUGGCGUGGGUGGUAGUGGCUCUUCCUUCUCAGAGCUGGAUGGCUGUGGAUUGGACAACGAAGGAAAGCUGUCUCGCUCCACAACCGACGGCGAGAUGCGGAAGGCCCUGAGCUCCAUCUCCCAUGGGAGUAAAGAGCAGGAGGCCAUAUACAGAGAAGUGGUCAAGUCCCCCACCAUGUCUCGGAUCUCCCUGGGCAAGAAGGUCAAGUCGGUCAAGGAGACGAUGAGGAAACGCAUGUCGAAGAAAUACAGCAGCUCCUUAUCUGAGCAGUCCAGUCCGGAUGGAACCCCUGGAUCUCCUCGGUCCCCUCAGCCCGACACCGACUCUCUGGAGAAGCCGAAGCUGAAGGCCGGAGGCUCGGUGGAAAGUCUGCGUAGUUCACUCAGCGGACAGAGUUCAAUGAGUGGUCAGACAGUGAGCACCACUGACUCGUCAGCCAGUAACAGAGAAAGUGUGAAGUCAGAGGAUGGCGAUGAUGAAGAGCUGCCUUACAGAGGGCCGUUCUGUGGCCGCGCCAGAGUCCAUACAGACUUCACCCCGAGCCCCUACGAUUCGGACUCCCUCAAACUAAAGCGCGGCGAUGUGAUUGACAUCAUCAGUAAGCCGCCCAUGGGGACGUGGAUGGGCCUGCUCAACAACAAAGUGGGCACCUUCAAGUUCAUCUAUGUGGAUGUGCUGAGCGAAGAAGAGGAGAAGCCCAAGAGGCCCGUGAGGAGGAGGAGGAAGGGCCGACCACCCAAACCCACAUCAGUGGAGGAGCUGCUGGAGCGCAUCAACCUCAAAGAGCACAUGCCCACUUUCCUGUUCAAUGGCUACGAGGACCUGGACACCUUUAAGUUGUUGGAAGAGGAGGACCUGGAUGAGCUGAACAUCAGAGACCCUCAGCACCGAGCGGUGCUGCUCACCGCCGUGGAGCUGCUGCAGGAGUACGACAGCAGCAGUGAUCCAGAGCGCGGCGGCCUGUCGGGCUCCCAGGAGAAGCUGCUGUCUGAAGGUCGGGGCCUGGUGGGAGACUCCCCGCGAGACUCUGGGUGCUACGAGAGCAAUGAGAACCUGGAGAAUGGUAAAAGCAGAAAGGCUUCGCGGUCCAGUCGUUCUUCAGCAGGCCUCCAGUCUCCCGACUACCCCACACUGCCCAUGACCCUUUCAACCGAGGCUCUGCAGCAGAACGGCAAGAACCAGCGCACAAAGUUCCCAAAGAGCUUCUUCGUCAAACCUUCAGUGAAGGGCUUCAGCCUUCUCGGUCUGCGCAAAACCCAAAGACGGUCCCCCGUUCUAUCCAGUCGCAGCUGUGAGGACCUGGAUGGACCCCCACAGCCCACUGAACCGUGGAAACGCUGCCACUCUCUGGGAGACCUGCACUGGGAGCAGGCCUAUGAGCAGAAGAAUCUCGGUGUGGAGCUUAAACUCAGCAAGGAAGGACCCAAAUCGGACAGCAGUAGUCCCACCAAGGUCUGUGGAGAUGUUGGUUGCCCACCUCAGAAUGUAACUCCAGCAGUCAGCCCAAAAGGGAGGGCCAGCAGACCACCCGUGCCCUCCCUGUUGCCUCUCCGCCCCUCUUGUCAUACCACCCAGCCUUCCAACCCUCCAGAGCUCCUCUCCAUUCCUUCAAGUCCCCCUGAUUGUAGUGCGAGUGCGGAGAGGGUGAUCCGGAGUCACUCCAAAAAGCCUCCAGUCCCGCCUCCUGUUCCUGCCAAGAAGUCAAAGGGAAGACUAGCCAACGGCCUGCGUCAACCCCCCCUCUCCCUGCCUUCCUCGCCAUCACCUAUUGCCUCUCCCACCCACUCCCUCCCCCGUUCUCAUCCCAGCAGCCCUAUAAUUCGCAGUCCCAUCUACGGUGCCCCGGCACUGCCUGCCAAGAACCCGAGCAACCCCACCAGCCCCUGCGCCACCUCACCCGCCUCGUCCAUAAGCGAGGAGUCCGGCUCUCCGCCGGCAGUGCAGCCUCCGUGGUUCUCAGAUCGGGGGGGCAGGGUGGCUGUUGCCAGGAAGGUCUCCCAUGCCAAGAUGAGUCCCGACCUGCUGACCCUCCUGGAACAACGGCUGGAGGCCGAGGGCAUCGAUCUUACGGAGGAGCCCUACUCUGACAAGCAUGGCCGGUGUGGAAUCCCGCAGCCGCUUGUGCAGCGUUACUCUGAAGACCUGGAGCAGCCGGGCAAGGACGUGGCCUCCACCAUGGACCAGCUCCGCGUCAAAGAGCUGCGGAAACAACACCGCAUGGCUAUUCCUUCCGGAGGUUUGACAGAGAUGUGCCGAAAGCCUCUGCCCUCAUGCAACAUCAACACGGUCUCCGAUUGGCUCACCUCCAUCGGCCUGCCAAUGUACGCCUCAUCUCUGGCGGCGGCAGGAGUCGACACGCUGAGCCGCGCGGCCUUGUUGACGGAGAGCGGCGCGUGGGAAGCGGGCGUGCGGGACGAGAAACACGCCCGCCGGCUGGUCAGCGAGGCGCGAUUGGUCGGCUCGCACAGAGCGGCGCAGUCCUAACCAUGUGGGUGGAGCCGUGUACAAUAACAGGUGUCGGCUCACAGGUCAGCACCGUCUCAUUUAAACUUGGUCAGUUGGUGGCCAAAGACUAAUUGGCCACGGGAAUCGAGGAUCACCCGAGUGACCACAGCACCGCAGUACUUCCUGUCUCGCAUGUGUCAAAAGACUUCAAGUGAGCCUCCCUGCUCUCUGACUUUCUCCCUUUCUUUCGUUUUAAAUGUUUACGGCACUGAGGAGUUUCUCCUAACAGCCAAGACAAGAUAUCAAAUGCCUUUUAAAAACAAAAAACAAAAAAAAAGACUGUAGACUCACUGUGGGAUGGCUCCCAUUCUGAAGACACCCCCAACGUCUUGGAAUCAAGACUUUGAUCUGCCUUGAAGGACGAUAGCACACUCUUUUGUAAGAUGGAUGGUUUUUUAAUAGAGAAAGGACAGUUUACUUCCUGCAUAUUUCAUAAGUGCUUCAUUUUCAUCUUUUGUGGCGAGGCAACAUUAUCCGUGGGUCUUUAAGGAAGUAGCUCGGCCAAAUUGAUUUACUGCGUAUUAAGAGUUUCAUUCCCACUCAUGGGUUCAUGAUGACAUCAUUCACUUCAUAUCUGGACUUUUAAUCAACUCAAUACAUACAACAAACUAUGAGGAAUUGGUGGUUUUAAGAUGGUUUAUUUUGUAUAAUGUUUCUGUAUUAUAGCAUUAUUCAUUUAUUCAUUUUUAAAUGAUUUAUCUGUCAACAUGUAUGUUUGCCUUCUGAAUGUUGCUGCCUUAUUCUGAGGCCAGCUCUGUCAUUUCUAAGCGGAAACGGCUGACGUCACACCUUUUUAUAUUUCAUAUGAUACCGUUUGUCCUAGUUCACUGCAUAUAUUGGCUGCACACCCUGCGUCGAUAUUAAUACAAGUCCUAUAGAAAGCUCUGUUUCACUCGAGUAAUAACAAUCAGCUUUCACAGAAACAAAACAUUCCCAGUGUAUCCAAGCACAUUUUUAAGUUGCCUUACCAUGACGAAUGAAUAGCUUAAUCAAAUACAACAUAUGUAUAUUAUGGGGCUGAACUGUGCUAAAUAUAUUAUGGGGCUGAACUGUGCUAAAGGUGCAAGCCUGUUUUGUUCUGAAUGUGUCUGAGAAAUAAUUGAGAUUUUUAAAUAUGUACACAAAGACUCAGCCGGCUCAUUUCAAGCGUACACAUGGACAGUGAAGCGCAGACGCACCACGGUGUGUUCAACGUUCAACACACUCCGCGUACAUUUUCCAUGCAGAGGGUUGCAGGACAAAGGAGGAGAACAUCUGGCCUGUCGUAUCUGGAAUUGAUAGGACUGUCUACACUUUGGUUAUAGUUGGCUUGAGGAAUUAAGAUUUAUAGCUGAAUUAUAAGAUGUUUGGGGCUUUUUCAACACAUUAUACUGGAGCUGUAUAAUCGAUGUCGGGUUGAAAUUCUUAAUUGGACUUUUCUCAAACACACUGAGGACUGAUGGUAGGAACAGGUGUAUCAGGUGAAAAGCUGACCUCAGCAUACAGAAUGACACAAAAUAGUAAAUCAGGGAAACACUGCGUCGGGUCAGCCUGUUACAAAAACGUUGGGCUGAAAAAUGAAGAAAAGAAACCGCAAACAGCCAGAAAGUCAUCGCUCUGUCAUUAGCGCACUCUGCAUGAAAAGAAGCCGCCGUAUGUAUUUUCCCCCCUCUUAUGUCUAACAGUAGACUUCUAUCUUUCAUAGUCAGAACUGAACUAAAGACUAAUAAAUACCAUGGUGUUCAUAUUAAAAAAAAGUUUACCCAAGUGUUAUUGCUCAAAUUAGAAGAUCUUUUUUUGUUGUUGCAGUGGGCACUCGAUAGGUAGAUGUUUGAUGCCUUUUCUCUCUUCAAUCAAAAGUGGUGCUCGGAGAAAGCGAUGGUGUAAAGAAUAAAAAUACUGACACUGUAAAUGCACUUUAGAGGGUGAAUCUAGCUGUUUUAUGGGCAGAAUUGGCUACAUUUUGUUCACGGGUCCAUACAUGGACAUUUGUUGUCAGGUAUUGUAAAGGGUUUCGGUGGGUUUUGCUGGUAUUUUAUUAUAGUAUUGAGUUCCCAAUGCCAAGUAUGACAACCAUUCACGGGUUAAACUGUUCCAGUUACUCCCAGUUUGUUUUUGCAGUCUUAAAAAUAUAUAUAUAUAUUAAUUACAUAUAUGAAAUGGUUCGCAGAAGUUGCACAUUUUGUAUAUGUAAUUGAUAUUUAAAUAACUUAUUUUGCUUUUUUUCAUAUAAAUUGUAAUUAGCUGUACUAUAUGAAUAGCAAUACCUUCCUGCAUAAUGCAUAUUGCUUUAGCCAGUGAGGAACUACAGUAUGUAUUGUAAAAUAUGUGUACAAAUUAUUUUAUUUGGUUUUCAUCUGCCUAAUGAUUGUCCAUACAGAUUUGCUUGUGUAUUGAAACAUCAAAAGUAAUGUCCAUAACUAUGUCAUUCUGAAAUAUAAUAAAAACUGUUUCUUGCCAUA